GGACAUUAAAAGCUAACAGUAGUUGUGGGAUAGACGAUAUACCAUCCGUCAUAUACAAAAACGGUGGUACGGAUAUGAUUGUAUUAUUACUUAGAAUAUUUAAUAUCUCACUAGUGACCGAAACCUACCCUGAAACUUGGAAAAACACAUAUAUAUUACCUAAGCAUAAAGGAGGGGCCAAAACUAGUGCAUGUAAUUAUAGGCCUAUCAAUAUAACACCAGUCAUAUCAAGGAUCAUGGAGAAAGUAAUCAAAGACCAAAUGUCAGACUACUUUCUAAAACAUAAACUCAUCAACCUGUCACAACACGGAUUCCUCAAGAAAAGAUCUUGCGUCACUUGCCAUAUAGACUUUUUCAACGAAGUCACCUAUAGAAGAGAUAGGAGAGAGCUAGUGAUUAUCCUCUAUUUCGAUAUAAGGAAAGCCUUCGACAGAGUCCCACAUAGUCUGUUAGUCGGUAGGCUAUGCUCACUAGGGAUACGCAACCCCCUCUACAAUUGGAUAAAAUCAUUUCUGUAUGACAGGAAUCAGACAACUAAAGUUGGCUCAAUGACCUCCAGACCUAGACCAAUCAGCAGUGGUGUCAUUGAGCCAACUUUAGUUGUCUGAUUCCUGU